AGCCUUUGCGCCCCGUCGUCUCCUCCCCCUUCCCGGUUAAACCCCCCGAGACCAGACUAGCCAUGUCUGCGUUCAACCGAGACGACGCUCACUCCGCCUCGUUCGACGAGAAGCUCGACGCCGAGAAGCAUGCCGUCAUUGACAGCGUCGGCAUCGCCGAGUUCGAGGACCCGAACGUCGACGAGGAUGCCCUCGCGCUCGAGGACGACUCCCCCUACCCCGAGGUCCGGUCCGCCGUGUCCAACACGGACGACCCCGAGAUGCCCGUCUCGACCCUCCGCGCCUGGGUCAUCGGUCUCGCCUGGGCGAUCCUCAUCCCCGGCCUGAACCAGUUCUUCUUCUUCCGCUACCCGUCGGUCAGCGUCGGUGGCCUCGUCGCCCAGCUGCUCUCCUUCCCCGUCGGUCGCGCCUGGGCCAAGUUCUUGCCCAAUGUCAAGAUCUUCGGCAUCUCGCUCAACCCUGGUCCAUUCACCGUUAAGGAACACGUGCUCAUCACCAUCAUGGCCGGUGUCGGUGCCGGUUCUGCCUACGCCACGGACAUCGUCGCCGUCCAGCGCGUGUACUACGGCCAGAUCUACAACUUCGGCUACCAGUGGAUGAUCGUCAUGUCCACCCAGCUCAUCGGCUUCUCCAUCGGCGGUAUCGCGCGUCGCUUCCUCGUCUCGCCCCCGUCCAUGAUCUGGCCUUCCAACCUCGUCCUCUGCGCGCUCUUCAACACCCUCCACUCGCAGGAGUACGCGGGCGUGGGCAACCGCGGCGGCAUGUCGCGCGAGAAGUUCUUCUUCCUCGCCUUCCUCGCCUCCGCGUGCUGGUACGUCCUCCCGGGCUACCUCUUCACCGCCCUCUCCGUCUUCAACUGGGUCUGCUGGAUCAAGCCGAACAACGUCCCGCUCAACCAGAUGUUCGGAUACUCGCACGGCAUGGGCAUGUCCCUCUUCACCUUCGACUGGGCCCAGAUCGCGUACAUCGGCUCGCCGCUCGCGACGCCCUGGUGGGCCGAGGCCAACAUCGCCGUCGGCUUCGUCGCCUUCUUCUGGGUCCUCACCCCGGCGCUGUACUACACCAACACCUGGUGGUCCGAGUACAUGCCCAUCUCCUCCCGCUCGUCGUACGACAACACCGGCGGCAAGUACAACGUCUCCAUGAUCCUCACCCCCGAGUCGACGCUCGACGAGGCCAAGUACAAGGCCUACUCGCCGCUCUUCAUCUCGACCACCUUCGCCAUCUCCUACGGCCUCUCCUUCGCGUCCAUCACCUCGACCGUCAUGCACGCCUUCCUCUACUUCCGCAAGCAGAUCUGGACCCAGGCCCGGCGCUCGCUCUCGGAGCAGCCCGACAUCCACGCCCGGCUCAUGUCGCGCUACCGCGAGGUGCCCGAGUGGUGGUACGCGAUCAUCUUCCUCGCCAUGUUCGUCUGCGGCGUCGUCUCGAUCGAGGUCUGGCCGACGCAGUUCCCCGUCUGGGCCUUCGUCCUCGCGCUCAUCAUCGCCUUCGUGUACAUCAUCCCCAUCGGCAUGAUCCAGGCCAUCACCAACCAGCAGAUCGGGCUGAACGUCAUCACCGAGCUCGUCAUCGGCUACGCCCUCCCCGGCCGGCCCGUCGCGAUGAUGAUGUUCAAGACGUGGGGGUACAUCACCAUGGCCCAGGCGCUCACCUUCGCGUCGGACAUGAAGCUCGGGCACUACAUGAAGAUCCCGCCGCGGUCGAUGUUCUGGGCGCAGACGGCGGCGACCGUCGUCGCGGGCACCGUCCAGCUCGGCGUCCAGGCCUGGAUGUUCACCAACAUCCCCGACAUGUGCUCCGACAGCCAGCCGGAUGGCUUCAUCUGCCCCUCGACCGAGGUCUUCGGCAGCGCGUCCAUCAUCUGGGGCGUCAUCGGCCCCCAGCGCCAGUUCUCGCAGGGCCAGGUCUACUACGCGCUCUCCUUCUUCUUCCUCAUCGGCGCGCUCUGCCCGCUCGUCGCCUGGCUCGUCUCCCGCCGGUGGCCCAACUCGUUCGUCAAGUACGUCAACUUCCCCGUCAUCUUCUCCGGCACGGGCGCGAUCCCGCCCGCGUCCGCGGUCAACUACGUGCCCUGGACGAUCGUCGGCUUCGUGUUCCAGUACGUCGUCCGCCGCCGCCACUUCGCGUGGUGGACCAAGUACAACUACGUGCUCUCGGCCGCGCUCGACUCGGGCGUCGCCGUCGCGACCGUCCUCAUCUUCUUCAUCCUCCAGUACCCGAAGAGCGGCACGAUCGGGCUCACGACCGUCCAGGCGUGGUGGGGCAACACCGUCUCGUACAACAACGCGGACGCGCUCGGCACGCCGAUGCGCGUCCUCGCCGAGGGCGAGACCUUCGGUCCUUCCACUUGGUAGACCGAAACGCGCGGAACUUUUUGGUUUUGUUUUUGCGUUUCCUCACGGUUCACGGUUCACCUUAGACGCCACGCGCACGAUGUGACGACGAUGACACAUGUAAAUAGCGGCUUCGACCCUAACACACAUAUAUCUAUGUAUGUCGGCAAGCCUUAGUUGUAGUGUACUCAACGAUGUAUCGAGUAUUAUAUACCCUCGGUCCACUGGUUUUAUCCACAUCUUUUCUUUCGCUC